GGCAUAACGACACAAGGAACGAGGUUCGUCGCCGCCGCCACUCCACCCCAUAAACCCUAACCGAUCGAGGGGGCGCAGCCAGUGACGGGAAGUCCACCGCCGCGCCACGCCUCGUCGUCGACACCGUCGCUGCUGCAACCGCAUCACCGCCAUCGGAACCGAGCACAUCGUCGCCGCCGUCCACGUCAAGCCCGCGACGACAACGACGAUGGCCGGCCGGACUUCCUCUUCCUCAACAACGACUGGCAAUUCGGUUGAUGAUGAUGCUAUUGCUGAUGAUGAUGUAUGGGAUGAUGUUUCGGAUUCUCCUGGUCAUGGAUCCACAUUAGACAGAGAGUGGGUUCACAGGCAGAACCAGUUUCAUAAGAUGGGAUACAGGGAUGGUAUAGCAGAAGGACAGAAGGACAUCGCCCAAGAGGGGUUCAAUGUUGGGUUUGGGCAAUCUGUGCAUGUUGGCUAUAAGUGGGGUCUUGUUCGUGGGAUUACCAGUGCAUUAGCUAGUCUCCCUGACAGCUUGAAAGAAAAAUUGUUGCCCAAUGUCCAGUGCAGAGGACAACUCCAAGAACUGAAUAAUUCUGUGCAAGAAAUUUCAGCAGAAGACGCACUUCAGAUGUUUCAUGAGAGCAUUCUUCAGAGUAGCCAUUCAUCAGAGGAACCAGAUGCAACAUUAUAGAGAGCUACAGAUUCCAGUAGGUUGCAAAGCCUCUCAAAGGAUCUUGUGAUUUUGUUGCAUGAAUGCUCAGAUGUGAAAGUUAGCGAAGAACUGAGAGGAGGUUCAUAAACAAGUUGGCGGAAUUGUGAGCACUACCAACCCUAUGUCUGGCCUAGUUGCUACUUGCGUCGAAUUUCAGUUUGCUGAACAUCGAGGAAGAUGGUGAUUCAGGGGUGUUGUUGGAGAUGGAAGCGAUUCAAUUCCUUGAUCUCACAACCAUGAUUUGCUGUUUCGAACUCAAAAGGCUUAAGCCUCAAAGACCAAGAAAUUAAUAAGAAUGUAAUUGUAAAUCUUGUAACUAAGAUUUCACUGAUCAUAUAAGCCUUUCCUUUUCCUGCUAGAUAUAACCGGUUUCGUAUCUGUAACUCGCAGCAUGCACACACACACACACACGCAUUUCAUUAGAACUUUGGCAGCUGCUAAGAUGAUAACUUCCUGAAUAUCUUCUGCAGAAAGUCUGGUGUAUGACAGUUGCAUUGUAACUUUGCAUCUUCUGGUUCCAGGAAGUGUACUCACUUUUUUAUCAAUUGAGAAGGUUCGAGCCACUCCUGAA